AAGUUAUUAGAAGAGCAAUGAUAUGCAGAACGACAAGUUGAUUAUCUUGCAAACCAAGGGACGAACAGAAUACCUCCUCUGCAGAUGCUUUGGCAAGCUGCAAAUGCAUAUGCCCCUGCAAUCUUUGAGAUGUUUAGAUUAGAGUUUGAGCUGUUCAGGAAUUGUGUGCUUUAUUCCUGCUGUGAGGUUGGAACUGUAGCAAAGUAUGAGGUUAAUACCGAUGAGAAAACAAAAGCACACUUUGUUACUUUUGACUUGUUAGAUGGUACAGGCUUAUGUAGCUGCAAAAAGUUUUGAGUUUGUUGGGGUCCAGUGUUGCCAUGCCUUGAAAGUACUCGACUUAAGAAACAUCAAGGAUCUCCCACCACACUACAUUUUGAAAAGAUGGAGGAAAGAUGCUAAAGCACAUUUCAUAACACAUAAUCAUAACUUUGUUCUUGAUGGCAAUCACAAAUCAUCUCUAGCAGGACGUUGUCGCUCAUUGUGCCACAUAUUGUAUCAAAUUGCAGUGAAGGCUGCAGAGAAUGCAGAAACAUAUGCUUUCAUGGAAAGCCAAUCAGAUCAGCUUCUGGAACAGGUUGAAAGCAUUUUAUACACCAAACUACUUGAGAAGACUGCCUCAACCACUGCCUCAAAGGGUCAACUGCAGAAUCUGGUUCAGAAUGGAAGUAACAGUGGUGGAUCGCACGGGUUAAGUGGUAAAAGGAAGAAGAAUGUGGACCCCCAUCCUAGCCUUCUAAAUGUGCUGGGCUCAAAUAAACGACAAAAGGGAUCACGAGGAGCAUCUGAUGAGGCAGAAGUUCCAGUGGGCAUUGCUGAAGGACCCUUAUCAACUGAUGUUACUUCUAAUGGUUGGAAUCCUCCACAGUUUUUUGUUCCAACUCAGUUCAUACAGGGGUCUUUUGUAUCUGCUCAUCAAUUUGGACUUAAUGGUGUACAAGGUUUCCAUGGAAUUGCACAAUUUAAUCAGGAAUCCUCAGCUACUACACUACAACAACCAUUUCAUAAUAGCUCUCAGUUGAGCCAGGUCUUAUUUACUUCCCAGUUCAAUGGUGAAGAACUGCAGUUAGAUAACAAGAAAAGUUAUGCCUCAUGGGAUUGAAUACAGAUUGCAAAUUCAGAUGUAUAUCAAGAAAGAAAAUGAGCUGUCAACCUUCACAGUGCAGAUAUGGUCUGAUUACGCCCAUUCCUUUGAUGGUUCAAUAGCUCGUCAUGCUCCCUUCAGCUACAUUUUUACGGUUAUCUCAAGUAUUUUCUGGCUUGGAAAGUCUUCAGCCCCAUUUGCGUUUUUUUCUGUUCUCAUGUUCUACAAGUAUAAUUGGUUUGUCAGCAUUGGUUAUUUUCUGGCUAAGAUUGUGGUUCGUUAAUCAGAAUGGUAGGUGGAAGUUUUGUUGGGAAAUGCAUUAGAAAAUGGUUACUAUUGUGGGAAAGAGGUUUGAAGGACAAGUGAAACAAACAGCAGCUAGUUUCAGCUGGGAAAUGCAUUAGAAAAAGGCUACAACCAUGGUAAAGAGAUACAGAAGGAUUGAAAAUGAAACAACUGCAGAUGCCAACAUGAAUUCUCUUGUCGAGUAUGGUAGAUGUAUUUGUCCGAGUGGAUCAAGUGUAGCAGAAAUGCAUUUUUGUGAUAUGCCAUUGCUAGAGACCUGAUUUGAAAUAUUUGCUGCGUCAACGGCCAUACGAAGAGCAUUAUGUAUCAGAGGUUUCAGGCAAAAUCAUGGACACUAUUGGCUAAGCUUUGAUGCUAAUUGUUGCUGCAGGCAAGGGGAAAACAGUAAGCUCCAUCACUAGUGUCUCUCAUGUGAGUUCUCUAUUCAUCCAUUGGAAGUUUGGGCAAACCUCCAUUCAUGAGAAGCUUGUCAUAUCUGAUACUAAAUUACUAGAUAGCAUCAUGUAGAAUAACAUUGAAUUCUUGUAGACUCUGAGUACUGGACGAACUGCUGCAGCCUUUCUCUUUUUGUAUUUUCUCAUCCGAUAUACUUUUUAUAUUUACAAGUGCAAUAAUUUAUAUAUUUGAAGUAAAAA